AUGGCUGCUCGACAACCGGCCUCGUCGGCCUCAAAAGGCCCCUCCCAACUGCUGCUGUCAUCGGAUAGCUCCUCCAGUGAUGACCUAACUUCAGCUGUAGCAGUUCCGAAAGGACCAUUAGCAACUCCAGCAAGGCGAGGACCGCCGCCACCUCCCUCAAAGGGAACCAGUCAUGCGCCACCUCCUGCGAAAGACGGUUCAGCGAAGGCUCCAAAGAAGCCUGCAAAGAAGUCUCCACCAUCUCCCACUGUGGACCUUUUGGGUUCUUUGUAUGUCCCUGGAAGCCCACAGAACCAGUCCAGAGGUCCUGCAGAUGCAGCUUUAAUGGUAGAGGAUCCACUAUUGUCCAUCGACUCCCCUUCACAGGCAGUGAAGCGGAUUAGGAGCGCAGUCAUUGCCAGACCUCCUAAUGCCGCUGUUCGGAAGGAUAGCGAUGCCAAAAGUGUGCCUACGGAUGUCCAGAGAGAGAUGUACCAACCGCUCUCGCGAGCGCCCUCCAAGCAAACAGCGGCCAAGCCAUCAGAGCAUCCAAUCGCUCGUAAGCCCACAGCAGGAUUGCCCAUCAAAACCAGGGGAAGUGUCGUGGGCCGUGAAAAGACAGAACGCACCGAGCCAUCUCAAGCUGAGAAGAAGGCCACACCAUCUGCAGCAGCUCGCGGGGGAUUGCAAGAUACCUCGGCAGUAGUUUUGCAAGCGUCGGCAUCUGGAGACGCGUGGACUGCGGUGGCUCGCAAAAAUUCCUUGGCGAAAUCAAAACAUUCGGGCAAAGAAGCGUCUUCUCAUGUUCGGACUCAAGCUAACGCGGCAGAAAGACGGCCUCCCGCAGCAGGUUCUACAGCGCCUCCGAAGUCUGCCAUUCUUACCAAGCAGCAGCCGAAACUGCCUUCGGGAAGAGGGGAAACGGAACCUGGCCAGGAUGCGACGGCAUGGUCAGAUAUGACGUUCGACAGCUUCGCGGGGGUUGGUGAGGCCGUCCAGAAUACCCCGCGGAAGGCUCCUCAGAAGGCCUUGCCUGCAGGAGGCUCAGAUACGCCCUUCUCGUCUAGCUCUACACCGAAAGUAGACUCAAGCGUUAUGCGCGACCUUGAAGACCGUCUUGCAAAGUCAAGGCGGCGCAUUAGCGAACUCGAGGCACAACUAGCUGACAACAGCAAACGGCAUGAAGAAGAUGUCGAAAGGAUACGGCUCCAGCUCAGAUCAAAGCUUGCCGAAGAGGUACGAAAGGUUAGGUCGGACCGAGAAGCAGAUAUAGAGAAACUUAAGAAGGAGGAGGAGGAAAAACGAGAGGAAAUUCGAAAGCAAGCCCUGGCCCGGCAGAGCAGUAUGAAGAUGCGGUGCGAUGCUUCCGUUCGCGAGCUCAGGGAAAAAGUAGGGUCUUUGGAGCAGCAGCUAAAGGCAAAGACAGAGGAGUUCGAAAAGGAAAAGGCCACUCUCAUGAAAUCCUUUGAAGACAAGCGGAAGAAUGACCUUCAGGCACAGGAAAAUGAGGCAAAAACGCACCAGAGGGAAUUGAAGACCAAAGAGUCAGAGCUGCUAGAGCAGCAGGGCAGGGUGCAGGCUCUUACUGCAAGCAUGCAGACUCUCACAACUUCUCUCGCCCAGAUGAAGGAACUAAAUGAUAUAUCGAGGACGGCUACGCAGGCGCUGGAAGAAAAAGCAAAGACUCAAGCUGCCUUCAUCAACACGCUCAUGAAAAGGGAAGAAAACCUCCGCGCCCAGGCAGCGAAGCUAAUGCCAAUUAAAGAGGCAAAGAGGCUGGCUUUCCGGGCAUUGCUUAAAGGAAGAGCAGUGGAGAUGAUAUCGCGGGCCUGCAUGCCGACAGAUACAAGCCUUUGGAAUAUGGCAUGGGCUUUUCAGCAGUUAGUAGAUCUCAUUGGUGGCGCACGCGGGGCCAAAGAGAAAAGACAAGAUGCUAUUGAGUCUAGACUGAUGCAGUUCCGUAAAGAACAGAUGUUCUUAAUGGCUGAAAAUGAAAGGCUUAUGGCAAAGGUUGCGGAGCUGCAGCAAGAGGGUGUCAAUCAAAGACAGAGUAGGGCGGCAUUAAUGGAGCAGGCCCUCAUAGGAGAAGCUCCUAGCAUUCCAGGCUAUGCAUUUGGCAACAUUCACGGGAAACUAGGUCACGAGCCCAGCGUUAUGUGGCUGGUAUGGUCUGUCCAGCAUCUGGUGAACAAAAGGAUGCUGUGGGCAUUCUUAAGGCUGCAGAAGGUGACAACUGAAGCGGAAUCGAAUGCUACAAUAGAUAAACUGCAGAAGAAGUUCAAUGAGUUGCGCGUAUCUGCGUACAAGGACAUGGCGGCACGGAUCGGAGUAUACAGAAUUGCCUCGUUCAUUAGGUGUAUGCGACUACGCACAUUGUUCGUCGCUAUAUUCAGCCUUGAACGAAAUGCAACUCUAAGCUCACGGGAGGAUGCCAUAAAGCACAGAGAGCAAAACAGAGUCUUUCAGGAGCCGUUCCUGAGAGAAACAGCGGCAACAGAAGUCCCCUUUCCACGGACAUCGUACGCGUGUGGAGAACUUGGCCGCGUGGACCUCAAUGUGCCCCUGGCACACCAGCCACACUACUACAGUUACUUGCCUUCCGCCCGCAAUCACGCAAGAGGACGCAACUUGUUUGUCCCAGUGGUCGAGCCGAGGCCACCAGUACAAGGCUAUAUGCCACACCCUGGCUAUUCAAACACCCAACUGUCGCUCGGGGUACCACCAUUCGUCUCGAAAGGCCGACGAGCAGGCAGCAGCCCAGGGAUGCCAAGUGUAUUCCCCUCAGGGCCGUACGACGCAACACAACCAGUAGAUGAGCGCGGAGCAGUCUUUCGUAUGAGAGGAGCACAACAUGACCUAAGGAGGAUCAUGAUGGACAGUGCUCCUGACAAGGUCGGGGCGCGCGUUGUCGGGAGGAAGUGA